AUGGCGGACAGCAACACCAGGACAAGAACAACAGACACCAGUGACAUCCACUUCUGUCCAAUCUGUCACGACCCAUUCCAUGGCGACCACGCUGCAUUCGAAAGCCACGUCAACUCGCACUUUACAGAUGAGGGUCCUCCUCUGGACCAAACUCCCGUCUUGAUCAUACAUCCUCACCAGUUCCAAGAAGAGCCCGCACAACAUUGUCACAGUAAACUCUUUGAUGUGCCGAAUCAUGCAAGCACCGCCCCAUCAGCACAUGACACUGAGGAUGACUUCAAGAUCCCCUGCGAGGCACAGAAUUGCAACAUGAUGGUCCACAUCAGGUAUAUGGCGGAGCACAUGGACAUGCACUUUGCUGAACAAAUCCAGGGCGAUCACAACCCCAAGCGCGCUUACAAUUCAAAAGAUAUCCCCUCCAGCAAACGCGCCAAGGCCAACUCAACGGAUACCCCGACACCCAAUCCAGAACCAGCCAAGGAUGAGAGGAGAACAGGACAAACAACCAUGGAUGGAUUCCUGACGCAUUCCCCUCGCGAGCCGAGAACGCCAUCAAGUGGACCAUCAUCACCAACACAGAGCCGAUUGCCUUUUGUACAGAAACCUGCUUCUCCAUCUACUACGGGUAUUACAGGACUGAUCGACAAGGUUAGGAUUUUGCUGGAAACCUCACUCGCUCAGGGAGCCACAGAACAGGCCUAUCUGGCCGAUCCCUCUGUGAUGUUUUUCCAGAGCGACAAGUCGGACCGAGGAUGGGGAUGCGGCUACAGGAAUAUUCAGAUGUUGCUUUCGUAUGUUGUCGGUCAAACAUACGCCACAUCAACCACAAGCGCCACCUCUGCCGCCGCUACCACAUCUAAUAUCCCAACGAUCCUGGAAUUGCAGCGUCAAUUGGAGUACGCAUGGACUAAUGGAUUCGACGCGCAGGGAGCAGCACAGUUGAGCUACAAGGUCGAGGGUACCAAGAAAUGGAUCGGGACUACCGAGGCAUGGUCUGUGUUGUGCUCUCUUGGCGUCCGCUGCAGCAUCCUCGACUUUCAUAUGCCAAGUGGAGCCAAUGGAACACACCCAGCUAUGUUUGCGGCCGUCUACGAAUACUUUUGCUCGCCGAAUUGGUCACCCUUGUCUGGGCCAUUGUCUCGCCAGGUUGACAACUCGCGACAGAAUGGGAAAGAAGGUCAAGGACAAGGUCAGAUCAUCCAGACAGCCAAGCCACCACUCUACAUUCAGCACCAGGGUCACUCUCGCACGAUUGUUGGGAUUGAGAUCUUGAAGGAGAAUCAGGGAAUGAAUCUGCUGGUGUUUGAUCCUGGUCGUUGGCUCCACAGUGCUAUCCCCACUCUCAGACGAGAUGCCGUUUCACUUUCACAUUCGUCGGGAUCCAAGGCGGUUGUGGCAGGAGACAAGAAGCUGGAUGCGCAGUACUUGCUCAAGGCAUUUCGACAAGUGGGAUCGGGUAUUGCCAAGGCCCAGUACCAGCUGCUUGGUAUAUCUGGGCUCUACAAUGAAGACCGUCAUGGCGGUGGUAGUGCUGGUUGGCCCAGUCAUCGAUCGUUGCCAUCACCGUCGCUGCAGUUGCUUACGAGGUAUCCAUCGCUGUCUGUGGGAUGGACUGAGGAUGAGCACGAGAGCAGCAAGUCUGUCACCAGCACACGAGUCCCGUAA